GGGAAGAGGAGGAGGGAAACAGGGAGAGGGAGCAGAGAGCUGUGGGGGCCGCUGAUGCUGAUGGGGGGAGGAGGAUAGGGAGGAGCUCCGCGGGGUGGCGGUCAGGAAGGGAGGGGUCUUAAUGGGGAGGCGGAGGGUGGAACAGAGUUUCUCCUCCCCUGGAGCCCCGAUCAGAUUUCCUCUAGAGGCAGAAGAAAAAGCAAAGAUCCCACCUUCACUUCCCUCUGCCUGGCCCGAGUGGGCUCGCCUCCUGCCUCUCUGUUCUGCGCCGUCCGCCCGGGACCCAAGGAGCCCCAGGAUGAUCUGGAAAAGCCUGCCCGUGCUCGCCCUGGUGGCCAUCGCCUGGGUCCACGCUGAGGAAGAAUCAAAAAGCAAGUCCAAAGUGUGUGCCAAUGUGUUUUGUGGUGCCGGCCGGGAGUGCGCGGUCACCGAGAAGGGAGAGCCAACCUGUCUUUGUAUUGAGCAAUGCAAAUCUCACAAGAGGCCUGUGUGUGGCAGUAAUGGGAAGACGUACCUCAACCACUGUGAGCUGCACCGUGACGCCUGCCUCACUGGGUCCAAAAUCCAGGUGGACCACGAUGGGCACUGCAAAGAGAAGAAACCAGUGAGUCCAUCAGCGAGCCCAGUUGUCUGCUAUCAGUCUGACCGUGACGAGCUCCGGAGGCGCAUCAUCAAGUGGCUAGAGGCUGAGAUCAUACCUGAUGGCUGGUUCUCUAAGGGGAGCAACUACAGCGAAGUCUUAGACAAAUAUUUUAAGAGCUACGAUGAUGGAGACUCCCGAUUGGACUCCAACGAGUUCUUGAAAUUUGUGGAACAGAAUGAAACCGCUAUCAACAUCACCACCUAUGUUAACCAGGAGACCAACAAGCUGCUCAGGGGACUCUGCAUUGAUGCUCUCAUUGAGCUCUCUGAUGAAAACGCUGACUGGAAACUCAAUUUUCACGAAUUCCUCAAGUGCCUCAACCCUUCUUUCAAUCCUCCUGAGAAGAAAUGUGCCCUGGAAGACGAAACCUAUGAGGAUGGAGCCGAGACCCAGGUGGAAUGUAACCGCUGUGUCUGUGCCUGUGGGAACUGGGUCUGUACCGCCAUGACCUGUGAGGGAAAGAAUCAGAAAGGGCGACAGCCUAAUGAAGAUCUGACUGAAGAGGAGCUGGCUAGAUAUGUCCAAGAACUACAGAAGCAUCAGGAGACAGCGGAAAAGAACAAGAAGCCAAGCACCAAAGAGAUAUAACAGAAGCUUCCAGCCCCUGAAGAAGGAACCCAGGGAUUCUGCCUCCCGGCAGGCUCAGCCUGUGCCCGUUUACUUCAGCGCUGAAUUCCAUAUACACAAGUGUCUGCUACAGUUUCCAAAUCGCCAAUAUUUACAUUGUAUAAUGACUUUUUUUCACUUAUUUGUUUUUGUAAUAAAGGAAGAUGUGGGAGAAGAGAGGGGGUGGGGCCAUAACCUUCGUUUCUGAGAAAGCUUUAAGGGAAACUGGAACUGGUGUUUGGGGGGCUCCCCAAGGAGGCUGCUUCCCAGUUACAGGUGGAGCCCGCUUGGAUCAGAACCACAUCCCAGUCCCGGGCAGCUCUCAGAUGAGCUGGAGGAAAUGCAAUGCUAGAAUGCCAGGGAAAUCUGUUCAUAGGAGAGAGGAUGGCUGGUGGCCAUUCUGGAUUGGAGGGAAAGGAGAUUGUAGAUGAGGGAAUACAUUCCUGCUCCAGAGAAGGCACUAGGGGCAGGGGAACCAUACUGUAGCUUGGCUCCUGAGAUCCCAUGCCCUCUCAGCUUGUCCUCUCCCGCUCUGUCCAGGAGUGUACCCUCAAAAGACAAAUGGAAAGGCUAACUCACGGCAGCUUUCCAUUGGCCAGUUGUCUGUCAGUAUGACCUGAACUUUAUACCUCUACUGGUGACCCUGGCAACCUGUUAGUGACCAUACAUCCUCCAAACCACCUACUCCUCAUGAGGCUUGGGCAGAGAGCUCUGGGAGUCCCAAAUCUCUGUGCUCCAGCUCUUGUCCUCCCUACCCCUAUUGGGCACACUCUUUCAUUUGUUUAUUUUGUUUUGUUUUGUUUUUACUUUUCACAAAGGUGCUAUCUUCUCUUGAAACACUUUUGACAAGUUGACUCUUUUUUUCAUUUAUUUUUAUUACCAUUGCCUGUUGUUCAUGAAUAUUUUAUUUUCUGGACUAGGAAUUGAGUUUUUGUAUUUUUCAGUACUUUCUAGACUUUGGAGGGGAGGGAGGAAUUUAUUAUUAUUUAAUGUCUCAUUCCAUGCAUGGCCUCACCAUGCCUGCAGCCCAGACCACACACUACAUUGCACACUGGAUGGUCAGGGUUUUCUUCCAUCACUUCCAAAGACAUCAAUGUCUGUGAGUGGGAACAGGGGCUGCCUCAAAGAGAAGCCAGUGAAAGAAGAAACAUUGUCAUAGAAAACUCUCUAUGUAGGAAGACCAGGUUUUGACUGAUUCUAUGGAGAUGAUUUUGAGGGCUCCAAAUACAAAUGUCUAUGUCAGAAUUCAGAUAUUCCAAAUGGAGGUUAAAAAAAGUAUAACAGAAUACCUCCUCUUUCUACAGAGAUCUGGGGACUGGGAAAUUAUUGAAACAAGGAUGGAUAGCAAGUGAUGUAAAUGGAUGGGAUAAACCUCUAAGGAGGAGAGAUUGCCCAAUGAAAGCAGAAGAGGAAAGGUCUGGAUGUUGAGGUUCGAAGAGGGUGUCUACACCUUUCUCUGGCCCAGAGUGUCAGGAUUGGGGAGUGAGAGGAGCACCUUGUAUCAGAGAGACAGUGGCCAGGGGUGCAAUGUCUUACAGAGGGAGCCAGUUUUCCAUGAGUGCAAGAAGGCUUCUUGUCUACCCUUAACCCUUUCAGGUUUCUUCAAGCUCUGAGAUUCUGUGAGUCUAUGACUCAAGUUCAUGUGAUUUUAGUCUCCUUCCAUGAGAUGAAGCUCUGUUAUGAUCCACCAAGAUUGGCAGCAAGGGCAUAAAUUUAAUGAUGAUGGUAGAUUAUGCUAAAAAGCAAUGGAGACAGCAGGCAAUAGAGGGAGGGAAAUAUAGCUGAUUUGUUUUGAGCUUGUUUUUUUUUUCCAUUUCAUGUUAGACUCAUUCUUUGAAACAAAAAAGAAUAUCUUCAAUAGCAAUUUAUGGUAGGAUGUCAGUCAACAAGUAUUUCUUAAACACCUACUAUGUGCCAGGCACUUGGCAUAAAGGAAAAUCACCCAAAAUGGACAGGCAUGGAUGGACUGAAAUCUGCUUCAGUGGAGGGAAUACUCACUUAGAAGAGAUCACAGAACCAUUAGAAUAUGGAAUUAAAACUUGGCUCCUAGUUUCAACAGGGAAAAAGUAAGAGACCACUCUGGCACUAUCGGGCUUGGGAAAUACAGGUAUUAGACAGAAGCCACUUCCUGUUUCUGAGUACUUCAAUUCUAACUUCCCUUUUCCCACACUUGGCACUGUGUCUACUUCAGAUCAAUACACAGAUGCAUAGGUGUUCCAUCUAGAACAAUUCCUGCACAGUAAAUGUUUGUUGAUUGACUGAUAGAACAAACAUGAAAUCCUGUGUAGAAGGCAGACAAGGAUCCAUCUUUUCUUCAGAAUUAAAUGACUUGAGUUAUAAUGCAUGAACAAUGAUGAGAGGCUGUUGUUUUUAAAUUGGAAUUCUCUCUAAAUAGAUUUCCUUUCCCCCAUUCACUGAAAAAAGUAUGCAAUUUCAAACACUCCAACUUGGAGGGAUCCAUUUUGCUUAGAAUUCUCAUUUUUCAUCUAUCUUUAGCCUAAGACAUUGUUAACUCCUUGUCUAUUCCUGAAGUCCAAGCAUCUCCUUGUUCAAGUGCCUUACAAAACCUCGCAGCCAGCCUUAAUCAAACUACAAGUUUUCACUUGCAGAAAAUGGGCUCCUUUUCCCAUCCCAGAAUCCUUGAGGAGAGAGGGAGGGUCAGAGUCUGGCAGUGAGGUUGGAAGCAAAUUACCAGUGCAAUGUCCCAUCAGUCAAUUCCACCAAUACAUUUAAUUAGCGGCACAGGUCAAAAUUACCAUCACCAUAUGAGCUAAUAGAUUGAAAGCUGGAAGGGAUUUCAGAGGUAAAAUUCAACUCCCUCAUUCUACAGGUGAGGAACUUGACAUCCAAAAAAGGUUCAAUGACUUGACCAUUGACAUCUAACAAAUGUCUAAGGCAAGAUUUAAACCCAGGUCUAACUGACUCGAAUGCCACUACCAACGCCCCCUCUCAGAGCACUGGGGCAACUUGGAUCUACUCUAAAGAUAAAAUGUAUAAUCAGUCUGGCCUGGUCUGUAAACUGAGGGCAGCUCUAACCAGUUCUAUCAAAUUACUGCUUAUGAGCAGCCCAAAAGCUCAUGGAAAGGACUUUGUGGCUCAAGCUGAGGGAUCCUUCAGAGAACUCUGCACAGAAUAAAUGGAACAAAAUUUCAUAAGGUAUAAUUCUGUCCCUCUGGGAAGCAAGCUUCAAUGAGUCUCUUCUUUCCCCACCCCCACUAUGGUCUUGUAAGCCUGUGUUUAUGUGUUAAAACGUAUGCAUUAAAAACAAGCAUCCAUGGAAAUGUUAAUAUAAUCCCCUGGCUGACCACUUUCCAAGAGCAAAUGGGUCUUCCUUCUACUUACUAAUUAGCCUCACUUCCACCAUCUACCAAGUUCCAAGUAACUGUCUCGGAGAAAGGACUGCAGGGACAUUUUCUCCUAUAUGCUUACUUUCUACAUACAAAAAAAAAAACUUAAAAAAAAACAAUGUAAGCCUUCUUGUGUUUCUCGUGCAUGUGAGAAUGUGUCGAUGAAAGGUCUCUGUAGUCAAUAGUAGGCUUUCAUAUUGCAUUUAUUUUAACCCUUUUUGUAAUUCCUGGUAGGUUCAUUUUUUUCCUUUUCUUUGGAGAUAUAAAUGCCAAAUAAAGAAAUUAAAACAAUGA